AUUUCCGUGUAUUGACUUUCUCUUUUUGCACAACUAGGACUAGCACACCUUAAGCUCAUUGUCGUCUUCAUAUAAAAUCUCAUCUCCCUAUUCUCUAACCUUCAUCCAAAAUCCAAUUUCCAAUACUUUUUAUCACUCCUCUCCUUCUAUAUCUCCUUUGUAUACUUUGCCUUGUUUUUUUGGCCAUCUCAGCUUUCUGGGUUAGUUGACAUUUUUUGUUCUCAAAAACAUUUGAUUUGAUUUGAUCAAAAUCUUUGUUUCCAAAGUUCAGAUCGUGGCUUGUUUAGGCCUGGAAUAUUAGGUUACAGUACAGCUCUAUUUUGUUUUUUGUUUUUGUUUUGAAAUGGAGGAGAUUGAUGUUCCUUGUCAUUUUCUUUGUCCAAUCUCAAUGCAACUCAUGAGAGAUCCAGUAACAGUAUCAACAGGUAUAACCUAUGAUAGAGAGAGCAUUGAGAGAUGGUUAUUUUCAUGCAAGAACAAUACUUGUCCGGUAACGAAACAAGUGUUGUCUGAUACUGAUCCAACUCCUAACCACACGCUUCGACGAUUGAUCCAAGCAUGGUGCACCCUCAACGCUUCUUGUGGAAUAGAGCGAAUCCCUACUCCGAAGCCACCAAUUGACAAAAUCCAGAUCGUAAAACUCCUCAACGAUGCGAAAAAGUCACCACAAAUGCUUCAAAAAUGCCUCCAACGGCUCAGAUCGAUAGCGAAUGGAAGCCCGACGAACAAGAAGUGUUUGGAGGCUUCAGGUGUAGUUGAGUUCUUAGCUUUAAUCAUAAAGAAAAACGAGUCUACUGCAAUAGAACUGGCAUGUGAAUGUGAUGAAGCCUUAUCAAUCCUUUAUCAUCUUGAAAUAUCGGAAACAGGUCUCAAGAAACUCAUAAACAGUGAUUCUGAGUUUGUGAAGUCUUUAAUCCAUGUUUUGAAAUGUGGGAAUCACCAAUCUCGAGCCUAUGCUAUAAUGCUUAUGAAAUCUGUUUACGAGGUGGCUGACCCGAGCCGAUUGAUGAGUGUUGGAUCUGAGUUCUUCAUUGAAGUGGUUAAAAUUUUAAGUGAUAAUAUCUCACAGCAAGCUUCCAAGGCUGCAUUGAAGCUUCUUGUCGAGGUAUCUCCAUGGGGAAGGAACCGAAUCAAAGCAGUUGAAGCGGGUUCAGUACCGGUCUUGAUCGAGCUACUUAUUGAUACAUCGGAGAGAAGGGCCAGUGAGCUAAUACUAGUUGUGUUGGACCGGCUUUGCGGCUGCGCAGAUGGGCGAGCGGAGCUUUUAAAGCACGGUGCCGGGUUGGCAAUUGUGUCGAAAAAAAUAUUUAGGGUUUCUCAUGAGGCAACAGAUAGGGCAGUGAGGAUUAUCUGCUCAAUUUCUAGGGUUUCUGCAACUUCUAGAGUUCUUGAAGAAAUGCUGCAAGUGGGUGUUGUUUCAAAGCUGUGUUUGGUGCUGCAAAUGAAUAGUAGUGCGAAGACAAAGGAGAGAACUAAAGAGAUUCUGAAAUUGCAUUCUAGGGUUUGGAAGAACUCUGGAUGUAUUCCUGCUAAUUUGAUCUCUACUUAUCCAUCUUGAUAGAGGGAGGUUAAUUUUUGUGUACAUAAUUUGAUUUGAUGAUGUGUGGAGGAUAAGCACGCCUCACUAAAUUAAAUUCAUAUAACUGAGAAUUUUUUUCCUUUUUACUUGGAAAGCUCAGAUCUUGUUUUUUUUUUUUUUUGUGUGGAUGAUGUCAGAUGGUGUAGAAAAAUUGUUGCUGAUUUUGUUUUCUUGAUUUCAUUUUUUUCUAUUUAAGGUAGUGCACACUAUUUAAAGUUGCAUAUGAUUACAUCCCUUUGAUUGCCAUA